AUGGCCAGUUUUAUUUCUUCUCAUCCAGGAGACAAUGAGGUUGACCUUGUAGUAUUAACAGAACCCAAGGUAAUUCAAUCAUGUAUAAACAAAAUUCCAAAAGGGUACAGCAAAAUACGACCUCAAGCCUUGAGUGAACUUAAUGAUUUGAGAGUACAACAAGGAUUAAUAAUGCAAGAUUUAUUAUUCGUAUUAUUGGGGUAUGAGGGAUUUUACAUUCGAUAUAGUGAAAGGUAUAAUCCCAACUCACUUGAUUCAUUAAUUAAAGGUCCAGAUUAUAAAACUGCAAAGCAUUUGGACGUUAGUUUAAAAAGUAUAACGAAAAAACUUGUUCAUUUUGGGAAAUAUUAUUCUGCAUUGAACUCAUUUGUAGAACAUUAUUGUUCACAAAGUUCAGGGAAAGUAGUUCAAAGAUUAUGUACUGAAAUCAGUCAAUUUAUAGUGCAAUAUCAACAACUAAUAAUUCAAAUUGAAGAAGAAUUUAAGCAUAAUAGUUCUUUCAAUUUGAAUAUACUUGAGAAUAUUUUAAAUCAAGAAAUAUCAGUGAAAAUUCACCUUUUAUAUGAAAUAAUUACAUCAAUUCAUGACGAUUCCCAGACACGAUUCAAACUAUAUGGGGCAAAUAAUAAUAUUAACAAUGAUAGAGAAGCUUAUUUUAAAAACUUCAUUCGAAAUAUUCAAAAUGAUCUUCGAGAAACGGGGAAUAUAGAUCUUACCACUGAUCAACAAAACUUCAAUCAAUGCAAAGGUGGUCUCGUUCUUCAGAUAAUACAGCAAUUGACGCAUACAUAUCAUGGGGACCAAGUAUCCAUGACGUUUCUAUCGAAGUUAUUUGAUGCUGUAAGUAUCGAUUAUGUCCAAAUGUUGAAUAAUUGGUUAAUAAAUGGAGAUAUUGAUGAUCCUUAUGAUGAGUUUUUAAUUAAGGAAAAUAAACUUUCGACUGCUAAUCGAUUCCAAGAUAUAAUACAUACUAGAACUGAAAAAUAUUGGGAUGAAUUAUAUGGUACUAGAACUGAUGGACUCAUCGAACAAUUCUCAAGUAAAGAAAUACAGCUCAAAAUAUUGGCUACAGGGAAAUAUUUAAACAUAUUUAAACUCUGUACUGAUAUAAAUAAUUUUGAACAACUUGGUGAAGAUUUAAUACCUAUAGAAAAACUUACAUCUAGAAACACUGAACUCAAGAUUUUGGAGUUUUAUGAUAGAGCUAAUUGGCUUCUUAUGAAAUUAUAUUAUGAUGGAUAUGGAUUUUGUUCUAUAAUUGAUAGUUUCCAGAAAACUCUUUUACUUAAUGAAUCAUACCAUAUGGACAAUUUUUUAUCGAAUAGUUUCAACGAUUUACGGAGAAAUAAGCAUUCAGUAUCACCCUCACGAUUAGCACAGUCCUAUGCUGAAGCAUAUAAGGUAAAUCCUGGUCAAAAUUUUGCCAUAAUUGAUGUUGUUAGUGAUGGAGUUACCGAGAACAUUACGUCAAAUAUUGUUGAUGUUUUGAAAUUCAAUCAAAAAUUAACAGUGGAUUCUACAAAUUUUUAUGAUUUAGCCAAAGAAAUAUUAGAUGUUAAAUCAUUUGAUGCAGAAGAAGCAUUGAAAAAUGAAUCAAGCUCUUCGAUGUUUAAGGCUUUAUUAAACAAAUCAUUGGAACGUAACAAAAUCAGUUCUGCUGGAUCGAAUACUCCUAGCCGCCUGACAUAUGAUCCGGACCAUUCAGAUGAAUACACUGUUGCCGGAUUAAAUUUAGAAGUACAUGUACCAUUCCCACUUAAUUUGCUUAUAACUCAAAAUUUUGUCUUUGAAUACCAAUUGAUUUUUAAACUUUUAGUGAUUUCCAAGUUUAUCACAAAGCUCCUGGAUGAUUCUUGGAAGGAAAUCAAUUUCUCAAGUGUCUGGGGAUAUAAAGGAUUCCAUCCUCGAGUUCAUAAAUGGAUACUUCGGUGUCGGAUUUUACAUAACAGAAUGAACGAUUUCAUGAAAGAGUUGAAUUUUUAUUUCAAUUUUGAUAUCAUAGAUACAAAUUAUCAAGAUUUGAAAUGUUCUAUUAAGGAAAUUCAAAAUUUCUUAAAACAAGACCGUCAAUCACAAACUCCAACAAAUGCAACUUCUCCACAACAGAGUGAUCUUUUCGGGUUCAGAAAUCAAUUUGAUAAUUACAGUCAGAAUAAUAAUAGCAUAUUUGACAAAAACAUCCUCAAUCAUAGUCAGGCAAACAAUUCUCUGCGAACAAAGUCAUUAUGUGAUGUUGAUAAUUUACACAAGAAAUUGAGUUCCUUUUUAAACAGCAUUUUAAGAGAUACUUUAGUAACAAAUAAGGACUUGAUUGAAUCUCUUAAGGUUAUGUUUGACGUCAUCAUUCUGUUUAAUCAUUACUUGAGUAGAUUGAAGAAGUCAUUAAUUAUGAUAAAUCCUGAAUUGUUUGACAAAUUUAGUCAGGAUUAUCCUUCAAAGUUUCAAAAUAAGAAUAUGGAUGACGAACAAAUAGCAGCAAGAUUUGAUAUUUUGAAUGAAAAUUUGAACUCACUUUAUGAGAUAUUUAAUGAUGGUUUAACUGAUUUUAUGAAUACUUUAAAAUUAUACGGUGAAACUGAGAAUCAAUCACUUCUUAUUCUUAUUGAAAGAUUAGAAAAUUGUUUCCCUGAUACAUAA